GAUAGUGUUGCAAUGAAAGCGCUUGCUUUCGUUACCACUCUCUUCUUACCUCCAACUUUCAUAGCAACCCUGUUCAGUAUGUCAAUGUUUGAUUGGCAGGCUGAUGUUAAAGCGCAAUCAUCAAAUCCAAAUGAAGGAACUAAGGUUGUCUCUAGACGUUUUUGGAUAUACUGGGUAAUUAGUAUGCCUUUGACCAUUGUAGUGCUUUCAACUUGGCGUAUAUGGCGGCAUCAGGAAAGAACCAUUAUCGACAGAAAUCCCUCAUGUCAAGCUGGAUAA